AUGCGCCAGAGCGUGCUGACGCCCGCGUCCUCGCACCACCUCGACACUUCCUCUCAGCGCCAGUCGACGCACAACGCAUCACUGAACCGCCUGGACACGCUCACUGGCCCGCGGGAACGCCAGGCGCGACGACCACGACGACGAGCUUCCGCCACGGUGACGCACACUCCCGUCAAGCUCACCGUCGCCUCAGACCCUCGUUUUCACCACCAUCAAGCGCGUUACAUAAGCAUCGACUGUGGAUAUGUGGAUACCCAGGAAUACACAGAUCCAAAUAGAGAUAUAACAUAUUCAAUCGAUAAGGGUUUCACUGAUGCAGGACGUAUCCACCCUGUCUACGAACAGAAUUUGCAGUCUGACCUUGCAGACCGGUACAAUAACGUUCGCUACUUUCCCAAUGGAGAUCGCAACUGCUACACAUUGCGGUCCCUAACACCGGGUGGCAAGUACCUUGUUAGGGCUGGAUUUGGCUAUGGUGACUAUGACAAACUAAACAGGCCUCCUACCUUUGAUCUCUAUCUUGGGGUCAACUACUGGACGACGGUGACCAUUGCUAAUUCCAGGACAGCAUAUGUGUUUGAAAUAAUUGCUGUGUCCCCUGCCGACUUCCUGCAAGUUUGCUUGGUGAACAUAGGGUCGGGAACUCCUUUCAUCUCAUGGCUUGACCUGAGGCCACUCAAAUCAGAUCUAGUAGUAGAUCUUUAUCCGGAGGCUAAUGUGACACAAUCCCUGGUUUUGCUUAGCUAUUUCCGUGACACGGUUGGUUUUGGGCUCAAUCGCUACCACUUCGGAACGAAUUAUGCGCAUAUUAGGUCCCCAGAUGAUCCCUUUGACCGUAUCUGGCAGAGGUAUGAAGAUGUUCCCAGCUGGACAGACGUACCCAACAAAUCCAAUGGGUUGAUACAAAACUCCACAAGCGAUGCAUAUGAUGCACCAGAUGCUGUGAUGCGUAGUGCAUCCACUCCAGUGAACGCUUCAAGAAUGGACAUAUCAUGGAGUUCAGAUUCAUCCAUGAGUGUUGGUGUUGACCCCAAGUUCUUUCUUCUACUCUACUUUGCUGAGUUGGAGGACACCCGAGAGUUAAGGCAAUUUGAUGUCUUUGUGGAUGACGACCAGUUAGCUACUGCAUUCAGUCCAAAGUUCUUGCUGCCAACUGUUCUCUCAAGGAUCGUGCAAGGAUCUAGCAAUCAUACCAUCUCCCUCGUGGCAACAUCAAACUCGGUGCUUCAGCCUCUGAUCAGUGCGAUGGAGAUAUACAUAGUGCGGCCAGUGAAUGAAUCUACCACGGACUCUUUAGAUGCCAAUGCUAUGAUGGCCAUCCAGAAAAAUUUCUCGGUGAAACGAAAUUGGGUGGGCGAUCCAUGUGGCCCUAUAUCUUUGGCAUGGGAUGGCUUGAACUGCAGUUAUACUCCUAGCAGUCCUCCAAGAGUAACUGGCUUAGACAUGUCAUCCAGCGGAUUGGUUGGUGAAAUUAAUGCUACUUUUCGUCAGCUAACACUGCUCCAGCACUUGGAUCUAUCUCACAACAGUUUAUCUGGAUCAAUACUGGAUUUUCUGGGUCAAAUGCCAUCACUUAAAUUUCUGGACUUGUCGAGCAACAACCUAAGAACAUGCUCUAAGUGGAUCGAUUCCUUGGAGCCUGCUAGAAAAAUCACAGCAUGGGUCUUUGACAUUAAGGUUUGCUGCAUUCUUUCACCUGUCAGCAUUUCAUUUUUCAGGCACGACAAUAACCCAAAUGUGUCUCAUUCAGCUAAUCUGUUCGAAAACCGGAGGUUCAGUUACAAGGAACUCAAGCGCAUCACAAAUAACUUCGACACUGUAGUUGGAAGAGGCGGGUUUGGCCUUGUCUAUGCUGGCCGUUUGGAAAAUGGAGCUUCUGUUGCAGUGAAGAUGAGAUCAGAAACAUCUUCACAAGGGAAUACAGAGUUUUUGGCUGAGGCUCAGCACCUGGCCAGGAUUCAUCACAGGAACUUGGUAUCCUUGGUUGGCUAUUGCAAAGACAAGAAACAUCUAAGCCUUGUCUACCAUUACAUGGAUGGGGGAAACCUACAUGACCGUCUCAGAGGUCAAGAACCCCUUAAUUGGCUGCAGCGCCUUAAGAUCGCAUUAGAUUCUGCCUACGGACUGGAGUACCUGCACAAAUCUUGCAGCCCGCCAUUGAUCCACAGAGAUGUGAAAACCGGGAACAUCCUUCUCAGUGCAAACCUGGAGGCGAAAUUAUCAGAUUUUGGGCUGACAAGGGCUUUCAGCAGUGAAGCGAUGACACACACGACCACCCAACCUGCUGGCACCCCCGGAUACCUUGACCCAGAGUACUACAGGACCUCACAUCUGAGCGUUAAGAGUGACGUGUACAGCUUCGGCGUCGUUCUCCUGGUGCUCAUCACAGGACAGCCGGCGAUCAUCGCCGUCAGUGACACGGAAAGAACCAACAUCACGCUCUGGGCGAGAGACAGGCUUUCUGAAGGUGACAUAGGCAGAAUGACUGACCCAACGAUUAGAGAAGACUGCGACAUCAACUCCGUGCUGAAGGUGGCACAGCUGGCCCUGCAAUGCACGGAGCGCCAGAUUCGGGACCGCCCAACAAUGGGGCAGGUUGUCGAAGGAAUCCGCGAGAGCUUGCAGCUGGAGACAUCGUCGCGCUCCCUGAGCCUGAGUUCCAGCUCCAUCAAGACAGGCAGUUGGGCAUCUGCUGACGGUGAGUCUGUUGGUGCGUCUGAUGCAGAGCUGUUCAAAGAAACAUCAUCUCGGUGA